AUGGUGAAAUGUGUUACCACCGUGAUACUGGUCUUCGGUAGCCUAGCGCUACUGGUGAACGGUCAAGCGAAACCCGAUUCUCGCUGUCCACCCGUUGAUGCCAAUCCGAACAAUCCUACCCAGCUGCCACACGAAACCGAUUGCACCAAGUUCUACACUUGUUCAUGGGGUCUCGCCUACCUGAAGAACUGCCCAACGGGACAACACUUCGGAGCGCAGAUACAGCGCUGUGAUCAUCCCUUCACAGCGCAGUGUACACUUGGCGGUGGUGGAGUAACUACAGCCCCACCUCCAUCAACGAUGCUCCCACCAGUUACUACAACUACUACUACUGCAGCCACCACUACGACCACUACGCAAUCGCCCACAGUUCCAACAGUGCCUACGACGACGGUAGCGCCCGCUACGACAGCCACAACGCCAGUGGCAACGGCCCCAACUCCGGCCCCAACUCCGGUACCAACUCCAGGCCCAACGGUUACUACCGCACCUACGACAACUACUCCGUCUGGUACGGCUCCAACGGCUCCAACGCUCCUGCCGUCUGUUACGACCACGGUCGGCCCGACAGCCGGCCCGACAGCCGGCCCAACGACUGUUCCGACAGCCCCUACACCAUCACCGACGAUCCCUACGGCACCUACACCGGCACCAACCGGGGAAGCGUCAACGCCAGCAACUGCCACCAGCGGUGCUACAUUGUUUCCCACCGUACCCACCGGUUCACCUCCAACGGUUCCAACAGAGCCAACACCUGUUGUACUGUAG